UGUUCUAUUUAAGGACAAGAAAUAUUUUAAAGUUCGGAGUACUCCGGAUUGCAGAAGAAAUAAUCAAACACGGCCAAGAUGUCAGCGCCCUGUACAAGUCCAUAUCGACUGUUUAGAUGGAAAAAUACUGGAAAUGCAGCCUGACCGUGACACUAUAAGGAUUCAAAUCUUCAUUAUCAAACAUGAUCAAAGCAAAGAGUGAAAUGUUUCUUUCGAUGAAAUCUGCAGAUUUUAAAGAAACUCCCAGCAUGGAAGACACAGAAAUGGAAAAAGCAAUACUUGAGGCCAUUGGAACUGUAGUAAAUGAAAAUACACAACUUCAAACACAAAAUGGUACACAAACGGACAAACAAAUAUUUAAUAACAGUUUUAAUUGUGGUUUAUGUGAUAAAAACUUUAGUACGUGUUUUAAUCUAAAGAGACACAUGUCAACACACAUUGGUGAAAAACCUUACACAUGCAGUGUAUGUGAUAAAGGAUUUACCCAAAAAAAAUAUUUAAAGGCCCACAUGAAUAUUCAUUCUGGAGAAACACCAUGUAAAUGUGAUGAAUGUGGAGAAGAGUUUGUACACAGUCAACUUUUACUGGAUCAUAUGAAAAAGCAUAAUGUUAAAAAACCAUAUAAAUGCGAUAUAUGUAGUCGUGUGGUCGCCAGGAAAUAUUACCAAAGAUUCAUGUCAGGACACAUACGGGUGAAAAACCAUACAAAUGUACUAUUUGCGGUAAAGAUUACAAUCGAAAUGAACAGUUACAAGAUCAUAUUAGAAUACAUACUGGGGAAAAACCAUAUCAAUGUUUUGUCUGCAACAAAUUCUUUACAAGGAAAAGUAACUUGCUAGUUUUUGAGAACUCAUACUGGGGAAAAACGGUUCAACUGUGAUGUAUGCAGUCAAAUGUUCACUCGGAAACAUGACCUACAGGUUCAUGUAAGAACUCAUACAGGGGAAAAACCUUAUACAUGUGAUGUGUGUGGUAAAAGGUUUGCUCUAAAUCACAACCUACAAGUUCAUAUGAGAAUACAUACAGACGAGAACCUUUAUAAGUGUAAUGUAUGUAAUCGAGCGUUUACUCGGAAAUAUUACCUAAAUCUUCAUGAGAGAACACAUACUGGUGAAAAACCGUAAAUGUGAUGUGUGUAGUGAAGGUUUUACUCAUAAUAAAUAUUAAAAGGCUUGCUUAAGUACACAUACAAGUGAAAAAGCCUUGAAAAUUUGAUGUGUGAUUAAGGUACUUAACAUUCUUCUUUUUUUUUGGAGCAUGA